UCGAAUGUCGUGAGUAGAUAUUACUCAAGCUCUUUUAGUCCGGUUCAAUUUUCAAGCUAUCUUGAGUUCAUCUCUAAGAAGUGCUCACGAGACUGCCACAAUGGAUCACAGAGUGAAACAGUUUGCUCUUCUUGUGCCGAUUCUUCUGGCUCUCUCCGUGAAGAACGCCAACACAUGUACGACCGAUGAUUUUGAAAGAGCUGCAAAGGCGUGCGUAACUACGUUCGCAAGAAACCUUCGGGAGGCGAAGGAUAAGACUUGCAGGAAUCAUUACGCUGAAAUGCAAACCUGCAUAGGGCGAGCAUUACACAGAUGCAAAAAUUCUUCGGAUUCAACUACUCUUGGCAAAAUAAAUCAAAUCAAACGAGUGGCUGCCGCUUCGGAGGAGUAUUACUGCUCCUAUGGUGGGGUGAAUCCGGAUCCGUUCAAUGGGAAAGUCAUGCAAGGUUGCCGGAAGAAGGCUCAUAAGAAAAUGAGGAAGUGUCCAGCUUCGUUCCAUAAACGAUUCAGCGAUGACAAUGGAAGCACUGCGUUAUGCAGAAAGUACAGUAACCUUAAGAAGUGCGUUAUUAAGGUUGCUGAGAGGUUCUGCCAAAAGACCCCCGAGGUAAAGAACCUGAUCAAGAUAUAUCAAGACCCCUUCAAUCCGUAUUG